UCCCUCCUCUCCAGGCCGCCGCCGGACGCCAUUGGCCGGGGAGUGAUGGGGGAAGUGCCGCUCUUCUGGAAGUUAAGCUCCGCACUGCUUCUCCAGCGACCGUAACCAAAACAAACGCCAAUCAAUCACUGUCGACGGCACGGUUUUUUAAAGAUGGAGUUCGGAGAAGAAUCGUCUCCGGCGUUGGCGUUUGAGAAAGAAGCGUUCGAGCUGACGGUGGAGGACGUUUACGACAUUUCCUACGUGAUCGGCAGAGACUUGUUAAAGAUCAGCCGCACCGGGGACGAGGUGUCGGAUCUGCAGUUCAGGAUCGUCCGAGUUUUGGAAAUGUUCGAGACGCUGGUGAACAAGUACAACUUGUCGCUGGAGGAGCUGAAAAUGGAACGCGAUAACUUGAAAAGCGAACUGGACCGAGUGGUGCAGGAGGCUCCCGGCGCGCAAGCGAUGGGACCGAACCAGCUAGUCGUGGACCUGACGGACCCGAACCGACCGCGGUUUACGAUGCAGGAGCUGAAGGAGGUUCUGCAGGAGCGGAACCAGCUGAAGGCUCAACUCAUGCUGGUCCAGGAAGAGCUGCAGCUCUACAAGAGUGGGAUCCUGCCGCAGGCUGAACCUGCCAUGGUAGAAGUGGACCUGGACUCGCCUUCCAACACGGACCACAGUGCAGCUUCAGUCAACGACACCAAAGAAGAGAAGACAACGAUAGGAAAACUGUUUUCAUUCCGACGGAAAUGAAGGAGGAAAAUCUCAACUCCGCAAGUGACCUACAUAGAAGACAAGCCACUUUUAUACUGUUUGAAUCCAACAAGCACUCUUUUUUUACGUGCAUGUUUUAUAAUGACACGGCUGCUGUCGCAGAAUUCUAUAUUUGUGGAUCGCGACUUAACUGGAAAGUAUUAUGCAACAAUUUUUGCAAGGAAUUCUCUGAGAACAAAGGUUUGUAUUUUAAGUUCUGUUUAUAGCAGACGAGUCCCGAACCCUCUCCUUUGUUUUUAAAAAUCAAAUUUGCCUUUGGACUGCAGGGGCGUGAGAAUACUAAAUGUAUUUACAAUUUUUAAAAUAUACUUUGAUCUCAACUGCCUUGCCUGUUCGCCGCCCUUAGCUGUGCACAUUAGCUUAAACAAAAUCGGUACCAUCUAAACUAGACCGAAUAUAAACAAGCAGACUUGUCUGAUACUGUUGACACGACCAAGUGACCGUCAUCGAGUCAACUUUUAAAACAGCGUUUAAAAACGUUUGUAGAGCAGUCAUGUCUUGACACAAACCUAAAGUGCAUUCAAGUGAUUUGCCACCAGAGAGAGAAAAGCUUUAUUGAAUAUCCGUGUGUCGCAACCAACCCAAGCCUGAGCCAGUACCUCUGGGAGCGCUUGGUAGAUCACCAGCCGCCAGUCAGCCCCACACUUGUUACGGCAACAUAAUUUCUUUCAAACAUAAUUUAACAUGUGUUUUUCCAAGACUAACUCAUUGGCAUCAAUAAAACAGAUUUUUUUUUCUCAGGCAAUAAUAAUAAUAAUAAUAAUAAUAAUAAUAAUAUAUCUAUUUCCAGACCAUUUAAGACAGCGGUCAUAUAUAUUUGCUGACUAACUCAAACAUAAAUAAAACUUUAAUUCCAUUUGUAUCAUAUCAACAUGUACACUGCUAAUAAACAUAGCAAACUUCAAUAUAUAUAUAUUUUUAAGACUGUACAAAUACUAAUCCAUGCUUGUGUUUUCCUCAUGCAUUCCAAUUUAUUAUCGAAAUAUUUUGUUUAAUACAACUGAAAAUGUUUGUAUUAAUGGGCAUUGAAAAUGGACUUAAGUUUAUAAUGGCUUUUUACAUAUAAUUACAUGUGAAAUGAUCAAAUGUAGGCGUUUAAACUCACAGUAAAAAAGUAAAGUCAUCUCAUUGAUUUUGUUUGUUGGCCAUUGAACUGACAUUUGUGACUGGAAAAACAUGGAGCUGGAUGCACAUUAGCUAUAUGAAUGUUCCAUUGAAAACAUUUCUUUAUCGUAGCCCUUCUGUUGAGUUACUCGCAGCUCAGUGGUGUCUCAUCACCCUGAAACAGAAUGAAGGAUUUGGUGCGAGUGUGACUGGCUCUGUUGGUUUGACUGGGCCUUGAUGUCACUAAUGGAAACAUCUGUGAACUUCAGAAAAUGUCUUGGGAACAAAAUGAUCUGUAUGCUUUUAAAGCACUCGGUGAAAGUGGUGUUACUAGUUUAUUAAACUGCACAACUGAAAUACAUCCAUUCCUGAAUGUCAUUUAUUAUUUUUCUGUUAUACUUUUAAUACUUUAAAUAACUCAUUUAGUGAAUCAAAAAUGUUGAUAAAUUCAUAAUGUAAACCGAGCAAAUUCUAAGCGGGCAACUGGACAUGCCGAUGUUUAAACCAUGUGAUCGCGAAGACCUGGAUGGAUGAGACUCCCGCUUCUGCUGAAGGCCUCAUUGAUUUACAGUGAGAGCAGGGAUGUCACCUUACUUGUGAAGGGAACAUCCAAGGUUUAUUCCAGGGUUUGCAGCAAUAAUAUACAAAAGCGACACUCAAAUCAAUCUUCACAGUGGGAUAAACUCAUCCUUAAGUUGACAGCAUAAUUAUACAGGAACUAAUCCAUUAAAAUCAUGUUUAAAAAAACAGCUUCACAAACCCUGUAAAAAAAUAAAAAAUAAAAAAGAAAGGUCUCUGUCUAUACAAGUAAAAGGUCUGUGGGAAUAGUCUGUAGCACUAGCAAAGCAGCGGGACGCAGGAGAGGACGUUCAACUCUUGAGCCAGGGGUGAGCCGAAAUGGACUCCUUGCUCCGAUCGCCAUAAUCAUACAGGAGCUCUUCGCCCUCUUGGAUGUCUUUGGCUGCCACCAGAAUCAGAUGCGGGGUCCCGUCGAUGGGGUGCAGCUUGGUCUGAAGGUUUCCAGCCUUGCUGUGGUUGAUGAGGCGACC